AUAAUAAUUCAAAUUAUGUUCGCGUUCGUAAAAAUCUCUUUUAUUUUACAUCAUAAUUUAAAUUAUCCUAGCUUAAAAUUAUUCCUUUACCUUUACCUUAAAAAAAUGAAUUGAAUCAAUUUUUUGAAGACUCAUAAUCAAAAUAUUAAUGGACACAGCGGCUCUCGAUGCCGAUAUUCCUAAGGAAGAAAAAACGAAAGAUUCUUUUGUUAAAAAAACAAAUCAUCGAAAAAAUCUUCCAGCGAUCAUGCCGUCCCACGAAGAUGUCAGUAUUUGGAGUAUAUUGAAGCAAUGCAUUGGAAAAGAUUUAUCUAAAAUAACUAUGCCCAUCGUCUUCAACGAACCACUAACAUUUUUACAAAGACUUGCGGAAUAUAUGGAAUAUUCGCAACUGUUGGAAAAGGCUGAUGCCUCAGAAAAUCCUAUCGACCGAAUGGAGUACGUAGCAGCCUUUGCCGUUUCUGGGUGCGCCACGAAUUGGGAAAGACUCGGUAAACCUUUCAAUCCUCUCCUGGGCGAAACUUAUGAAUUCGAUAUGCCAGAACAAGGUUAUACAAUGGUAUGUGAACAAGUAUGUCAUCACCCGCCUAUUAGCGCGUUCCACGCAGAGUCUAAAAAAUAUCUAUUUCACGGUUCCAUUCAACCUAAGAGCAAAUUUUGGGGCAAAUCUUUAGAAGUUCAACCACUAGGAGUCAUCAAUUUGGAAUUACUAAACCAUCACGAGUGUUAUACUUGGACUAACCCGAAUUGCACUAUCCACAACAUAAUAAUGGGAAAACUCUGGAUAGAACAUUCAGGUUCUUUGGAUAUAACAAAUCAUACGAAUGGUUACAAAUGCAGCCUAAAUUUCAGACCCAAUGGGGGUAAAGAGAUAAAUAGAGUCGAUGGAUUCGUGUAUGAUCAGAGGAAUAAUAAAUCGAGGGCUUUAUAUGGUCAUUGGAAUUUAGCAUUAUACUCCACGACCCCUAAAAAUUAUGAAGAUUCACUUAGCAAAAAUGUGACAGAUAAGAUGCUAAGAAGGCGAAGUAGCAGUCUAUCCAAGAAGGCAUUCCAAUUUCAGACAUUGUUAGCUGAAAAUCCCGGGUUGGUUACAACCGAAGAUCAGGAGAGUCAAGAGAUAUCAGCAGAUUAUUCUAAAUUUGCAAAAUACGUGCUGCAAUUACCUCAUUCAAAACUCUUGUGGAGUUAUACUCCCAAGCCUAUCAAUGCGAAACAGAUGUUUAACUUCUCCUACUUCAGCCUCAUGUUGAACGAACCUCCCUCAAACCCCGAAGAAUUACCUGCUACCGACUCACGGUUCCGUCCAGACUUAAGACAAUACGAGAACGGAAAAAUCGACGCUGCAUCUAGCUUAAAGACCGCGCUCGAAGAGAAACAAAGGGCCGCCGCCAAAGCUUUAAAGGCAAUGGGAGCGGCUGAAAUCGCCGCUAUUAAAAUAGACCCAUCCAAAAUUUCUAAACUAAUUGAUUUAAAUCAGUUACGCAACUGCGAUUUAGUUAAAGGUCCCUUAUGGUUUAGCCCUACAAAAAAUCCGUACUUCAAAAGCAAUUCCGAUAAUGUUGAUUGGAAGUUUGAUGAAAACUAUUGGAAUAGGAAAUACUCGCAAUGCCCUAAAAUAUUCGAUUUACCUACUAAUUAA